UUGUCUCGCUUCGGCGUCGUCAGCGUCGUUUCUCCGCCUCCUCCCUCCUCGCUAACGUCCUCCCGGUCUUUCUGCAGCCCACGACUGCGCAGGCGCGAGGUUUUCCCCAGCAAGAGACGCUACCACUGCGCGGCGGAGAGGAGGGGGGCGCCGCCGUCGCGCUUCUCCUCCCGUUCCUGCGCUUCCCUUGCCGAAAAACCCCGAGGACUCCGAAGAAGAGAGAAGGCCUUCCGCCUAGUCACGUACUGCCUGGGCCACGCCAACGCCCCCCUCCUGGCCGCCAGCUUACUUUUCUUCCCACCGCUGAGCUGGCGCCUCGAGCUGCAGCAAGGAACCCUCUGCUACCUCCGGACCACUGCGCUCUCUGCUGCCGUCUCAGCCCUGGUCUACCUGUUCCUGGCUGGACUCUGGGGCAUCGAAGCCCAGACCACCAUCAGCGGCUACAUCCCUGUCCACCUGGCUCUGCUGGGGUGCCACGGAAGGCGCUCAGGGUGGCUGCCCGUGGCUCUGUCGGCCGGUUUGCUGUUCGGCCUCGGGGAGAUCCUGUCCCCACGUUCUCCCUUCCUCCUGCACCUCUCUGGGCUGCUGACAGGCCUGGCCUGUAUCCUUUCCAAACAGGUAAAAAGUUGGGAGGGGGAGUUGGAACCAGUUCAUGGCUUUAAAAAGAGGCACCAAACUGAUAAAUGGACUUUCUGCUUUAAAGAAACCGGACCACACUUUGAAAGGACUGACUGUGCUGGGACAUCGUCCAGGAGACGCCUGGAAAGGCUGCAAGAGUGGAUCCCGAGCUGCAGCCACCUCAGAAGGACUUUUUCUCACUUAAUCAGGCCCUCCACAUCCGGCAGCCUCCCAUUUACAGUCAGGAAAGAAAGAAUUCCUGCUCAGGAGAUGUUUCCACCUGACCUGGUAGGGACAGUUGCUGUCCAGAUUCUGUCUCCUCCUCCAUCUUGGGCUGAUGAAAGGGUAGCCCGGGAGUCCCAGCAUCCCUUCUCAGACCCCCAAGAGUCUUUGGGCACCCCCUUCUUUUCUCUCCCGGAUUUCCUGACGGAGGAAGAGCAAAUACAAGCAGGAAUCCGGGCUUCCCUGCAAGACAGAAGUGAGGAGGAAGUGAAGCUGCACAAAUCUUCUGUUUCUUCCCUCCGGCUCCAGCAGCUGCAGAAGAUGGGCUUCCCAACGGAAGAGGCCGUGAUCGCUCUGGCGGCCACCAGCCACGUGGAAGGAGCCGUCUCUCUACUGAUCGGAGGCCACGUCGGGGACAAAGCCAUGGUGAUGGCAGAGAACCGCUCGGGGCCUCCCACACAGCCUCAGUCAACCCUCAACCCGUGAGAUUGACCGCUGGCAUUUGGGCAGAACUUCUGUCAUACCGGGCAGAAACGGGAGCGGCCACGAAUGCCACAAAACAGAGGGAUGUCUUGCAAAAUCGAAGCUGGCUUUUUGCAGGAGCAUGAAAAGGCUUCAGAUUGGCUUCAAAGUCUCCGGGGAAGAGACGCAGGUUCAUCUGUGCCUUCCUGGAAGGCAGCAAGGAGUUGAGGGGUGGCAGGUGGCCACCCAGGAUGCCUUUCCAGACGGGAGUUGCAGUUUGUCUGCUUGCAAUUCCUUUUUCCACCCUGGACAUGAAUGAAUGGAGCAAAAAAAAAAACAAGCCCCACCCCAAAGUUGCAUGCAACAGGAACAAAAGUGCAGGAACCCAAUGCAGCUUUUGCCAAGCGUAUCCACCCGUUCUAGGCCAGCGGCCCCCAACCUGUUGGGCACCAGGGACCGGUUUAAAAGGCGGGGUGCAAGAGUGAGCCUAGGCGAUCCCAAGGGAGACAUCCAGGAAAAGAUGCCCUGUGUUAGGUGUGCAAGGAUACCACUAAUAUUUAUAAACUCAGAUGAAAUAGAGACAGGCAUGAAGAGGCACAAAGGCUAUUCUUUAAACAGAAGAAAAAAAUUUUUUUUUUACUCUCCCUCAAAAUUGUUGACAGAUGCUGGAGGACCAGCUAGCAAUCCUUGCUUCGCCACCAUCCCUCCCGAACAAAUCUUUCCCAAAAAUAAUAAAAGAAGACUAUUACAAGAAAAGACACAAAUUUCAAAAAGUUGGGAUAAUAAAUAAAGACUCCCCUCUUAA